GGGCCUCUUCAGCUAAUAUAUUAUCAUGGCCUCUGUAUCCUACUUCUUCAUUGCAGUAGUCUUCAUCUUUGGCUGCUGCAGCAAUGCACAGCUCUCUCCCAACUUCUACGCCUCAACUUGCCCAAACCUCGAGACCAUCGUGCGCAGAGCUAUGACCGAAGCCGUUAUUAAAGAGUUACGGAUCGGUGCCUCUAUCCUUCGCUUGUUCUUCCACGAUUGCUUUGUCAAUGGUUGCGACGCUUCCAUACUGUUGGACGACACGCCGACCUUCACAGGCGAAAAGAAUGCGCUCCCGAACCAGAACUCAGCUAGGGGCUUUGAAGUGAUUGAUACCAUUAAAACCCGUGUGGAAGCAGCUUGCAGUUCUACUGUAUCUUGUGCAGAUAUUUUAGCACUUGCGGCCCGAGACGGAGUAGUGUUGCUUGGAGGACCCAACUGGACGGUACCACUAGGCCGAAGAGAUGCAAGAACAGCAAGCCAAAGUGAUGCCAACACCCAAAUCCCAGCCCCGUUCUCUGACAUCGCAACCCUGACCGCCAACUUUGCGAGCAAAGGCUUAGAUGCCGAGGACAUGACGGUGCUCGUUGGUGCCCACACAGUAGGCUACGCUCAGUGUGCAAAUUUCAGGAGCCACAUAUACAAUGAUACCAACAUAAACCCCAUUUUUGCAAAUUUUCGGAAGAUCGGUUGUCCAGCUUCUGGUGGAGACAGCAAUCUAGCCCCCUUUGAUGCAACACCAGUUACUUUCGACAAUGACUACUACAAGACCCUUGUUGGUCAUCGCGGUCUUCUUCAUUCGGAUCAGGAGUUCUUUAAUAAUGGGCCUCAGGAUUCAUUGGUUACAACUUAUAGUAGGGACAAUGUAGCCUGGAGAAGCGACUUUGCUGGGUCCAUGGUGAAGAUGGGCAACAUUAGUCCUCUAACUGGGACACAAGGAGAGAUCAGAAGGAAUUGCAGAUUCCAAAAUUAAACAUACAUAACUAUAACCAUAAACAAAGUUUACAAUAACUGUGAAAUUAUGUAACUGGAAAAUGUUAUUAAGUUUCCCCUAGUUUGAUUGAAGAAGUCUUAUAAAGAAGUGCUCAGCAAGAUCAUGCAAUUCAAGUUUAGUGCAACAUAUAGUGUAAAAUUUCCUUUGCAAUGAAGAAGGUACGUGAUAAUUAAAUUAAGAAAUAAUUUACAUU